AUGCUUCCGUAAUCUUCCUGUGCGUAUGUCAUUUUAUUGUCUGGUGUCCGGACUGAUCAAACAAGAAAAAACCGCUGUCGAUACAGAACUUGGUCCGUAAUUUUAUAAAUCAUCAAAGGUAGCGUCCCUAGUUGUAUACACCAACGAAGUAAUCAAGUAGAUGCACUGUAUGUGCUACAUCCAAACUCCCACCAACCAAGCAGACUUCUAACUACACACUGCUGCUGACUACACUUCUAACUCUCACCAAUAAAGGUCAGUUCGAUCUUACACUACACACUGCAUUGUGCCAAAUAAGUCCCUCUGAACUGCAAGCAGACUUGACUUUAUCAAAUCAUGUUUUAAAACUAAAUAGUUGAUAAAUAGGCCCAUGCAAUACACAAAGCAUGUCAUCAAUACGUAGUAACAUUGAUUAGUGCUCUUACUUUCUUUUAAAUCCUCCUUUGAAUGUCAUCAGAGACGGAUGAUUACGAUUUUAAGGUAAACUAUAUGGAAUGAGCAACAACUGGCCUGCCUAAUAUAGAUUAUGUUGUAGUACUGUGUUUGCUGAGAAGGCAUAAUUCUCCUCUUUGCAAAUUACUAUCUUUGGGCCCGUCAAAACUCAAAAAGUCUUGGGCCACAAAAGUGAAUCCAACAACUUCUUGAGUGCCUAGAAGAAGAAACUUGUAGCAAAAUUUUAGAAGUUUCUAGUUAGUUUAGUUGUUGGAAAGAGAGUGAAGAUAAGAAACCAUUGGUGUGUUAUCAAAUAUGAGGUCCAUAUCCUCUAAUUCACAAUCUCUGGAUAAGAGAACAAUCUAAAAUGCCACAUUCCUAUUGGUUCUCUCAUUUAAAAUCACUUUGAGUCUAUCUUCUUUUUAUAUAUUUCUCACUUUAAUAAUAUCAAUCAACCAAACAAACCAUCCACAAUUUUGCGAGUUUUCUAGCCAACAAAAUCAAGAAAUGGCAGCCACCAUAGCUACCAUGGCCAUGCUCAAUGCCAAAUGCUUCGCCAAAGCAUCUAUCAACAACCAAUCAAAGCCAAAACCCAUCUCCCUUCUCUCCAUCCAAAAUCUCCCAAAAGGUCUCUUAACUUCAAAAUCUUCUCAAAAUCCCUCAAACUUAUCCUCCAUUCCUUUAACCGGAACAGCUAUAGCCGGCGCCAUUUUCUCUACUCUUAGCUCAUGUGACGCCGCAUUUGCAGCUCAACAAAUAGCCGAUAUAGCUGAGGGAGACAACAGGGGUUUGGCCUUAUUACUUCCUUUGAUCCCGGCUAUCUUAUGGGUUCUUUACAACAUUCUACAACCAGCACUCAACCAAAUCAACAAAAUGAGGAAUCAGGGAAUAAUCAUCGGACUUGGUCUUACCGGGCUAGCUGCAACCGGCUUCUUUAACACACCAGAAGCCUCGGCUGCUAGCGAUGUCGCGAUGAUUGCUGAUGCUGCAAGUGACAACAGGGGACAACUUUUGUUGAUUGUUGUCACACCUGCUUUGCUUUGGGUAGCUUACAACAUUCUACAACCAGCUUUGAAUCAGAUUAACAAAAUGAGAUCAGAAUGAGGAUCACUAUAUUUUGUAAUAUUUCGAUCAUAUUACUUAUAAAGUUGUGUUAAUCAAUCAACUGUUUUCCUUCCUUGUGUA